AUGCAUGGGAUUUGAUUAUUUGGAUUACUUUCCCUUCUUCCCCCAUGCCUUCUUUUUCUUUCAGUCACCACCCAGUAAGCGAAGAAAAUUAGAGAAGUCAAGGAAACCCAUUACAUUCGUAGUGUUGGAGUCUGUGAUGAAAGAAUUGUCCCUUAAAGCAUCAUCGUCCCUGGGCUCUGAGACAGUGGAAGGCAUAGUAGUUGUGACAGCAUGGAUUGAAAAAAUCCUCACCGACCUGAAGGUCCAGCAUAAGCGAGUUCCCUGUGGAAAGGAAGAAGUUAGCCUUUUUCUAACAGCAAUAGAAAACUCCUGGAUUCAUUUAAGGAGAAAGAAAAGAGAACGAGUGAGACAAUUGAGAGAAGUUCCCCGAGCUCCUGAGGAUGUCAUCCAAGCCUUGGAGGAGAAAAAGUCCACCCCCAAAGAGUCUGGCAGUAGCCAAGAUUUGGCCCAGGGCCCCGGGGAGAGUGUCCCAUGUGGGCCUGCUUCACAGGAAGGCGAGUCUGCCACUGUUGAGGGCCAUUGCUCAAACCAGGAUCUCCUUUCCCAGGAAGAAAACCCAGAACCCAUGGAGGAUGAAAGGAAUGAGGAAAAGGGAGGGAUGGAGGUUUUGGAGAGUUGUAAAGGCUCUAGCAAUGGAGCCCAGGACCGAGAGGCUUCUGAGCAGUUCAGCAGUCCAGUGUCUGAAAAGGGGAGCCAUCUCCAAGGAGUGGCUGGACAUUACCUAUUCAAGUGUUUGAUAAAUGUGAAGAAGGAGGUGGAUGAUGCUUUAGUUGAAAUGCAUUGGGUUGAGGGCCAGAACAGGGAUUUGAUGAACCAGCUUUGUACCUAUAUACGUAACCAAAUUUUCAGGCUUGUUGCUAGUUAACUUCUUGCACAGUUGGGAAAGUUUCUAUAAAGUAGCCUGCUUUGGGGUGGCAAGAGGCAUUCCACCAUAGGCCCACUGAUAACAUUAUGUGCAAUUAUCUU